CUCUAGGAGUGGCCUCAGAUGUACUAUGGACAGAGAGGGUGUGGCCUCAGCCGCCAAUGAGUUUCACCUGAGAACAAAAUAAGCGAGCUUCCCCAGCACCGAGACACUGGAGGGACCAGCGUUUACAGUGGAUCUCUGCUUCUUCAAGCGCCGUAAUGGAGGCCGUGUUCCAGACGUUCCUGCUGCUGCUGCUGCUGCUGAUCGCCAUCCAGCCCAAGAGCCAGGCGAUGCAGAUCACGUCCACGGGGCCACAGACCAUUCAAAAGGCCCAGGGUGAGAGCGUCACCCUGGGGUGCACCUACAGCUCCGGCGCGCAGGACACGGGGGACCUGGACAUCGAGUGGUCGGCCCUCAGCCCCGACAUGACGCAGAAGGACAAGCUGCUCUUAAGUUACACGGGCGGCCAGAUCCUGCGCUACAGCGACGGCAGCCUGUCCAGCAGGCUCAACUUCAGCACCAGCCCCAACCAGGGGGACGCGUCCGUCACCGUGGCCGACGCGAAGGCCUCCGACACGGCCACCUACCAGUGCAAAGUCAAGAAGGCCCCGGGCGUGGACUCCCGGAAAGUCACUCUGCUUGUGUUGGUGCCGCCGUCGGCGCCGCGCUGCUCGGUGGACGGCGCCGAGGAGAAGGGCAGCGCCGUGUCCCUCAUGUGCAAGUCCCGAUGGGGGUCCAACCCGCUCAGCUACACCUGGACGAGGCAGACGGGCGGCGCCAUGCCGGCCACCGCCACACAGAACUCGCAGACGGGGGCGCUCGUGAUCAACAACCUCACCGACAGCAACGUCGGGACGUACAUGUGUGAGGCGUCGAACGCCGUGGGCAAGGCGCAGUGCACGUACGAGCUGCACGCGUACAACCCUGUCAAUAAGGUGGGCGUCAUAGUCGGGGCGGUGAUCGGGGCCCUGCUGCUGCUGCUGCUCCUCCUGUUCCUCAUCUGGCUCCUGUGGGUCUGCUGCUGCAAGCGGCGCUACGAGAAGGAAGCCGCCAACGAGCUCAAGGAGGACGCCCCGGCCCCGGAGAGCAGACCCGCCAGCAGGAACUCCAGCAUGCGCUCGGUGGUGGGCUACCGCGCCCACCCCGGGGUGCACUACAGCGGCGUGGUGAACCACCUGCCCAGCAUCAGGGAAACCGGCCGCAGCAGCAUCAACUCGGGCAGGAACACGGCGCUGUCCCAGCCCAGUACGACGGACGUGAAGCCUCUGCUCCACUACGACCACCAGUACGGCUACGCUGUCUAACUACGACGCUUUGAAAACUUGUGAAAACCUUAUACUAUUGGCAUGAAGCGCUAUAUAUGCAAAUAUAUGGCUAUGGCUAUAAGAUGAUAAGCUAAGCUAUAUUCAACUGGAGAAUAAUGGGAGUGCUGGUCGACGGCUACUGGGAAUUUUUACCUGAGCACAUGGACAAAGUAGAUUGUCUGACUGUCACGAUGCACUGCAGCACAUUAUCACUGAACUGUGUGCGAAAUGUACAUAGGUUGGCUUUUAUUUGUUUUUACUUUUUUCUAUGCACUUGCAGCUUCGUCUGUUUAUUACUUUGUGUAUAUAUGUACAAUAAAAGGCGAAUACGGGAACAAUUCA